AUGUUGGCUAUUGGUUUUUUCUUCACUGUGAGCAGUCCGUCCAGCACUUCUGGCUCUGUGUCGGUGCUGCCAAAGUGGCGUAGUCGUGGCAGGUUGGUGAUCAGCACGAAGAACCAGUGCAGGUCCUUCAUGAUCGGGAUCACCACGAAGUCGUUGUCAAAUAGCGUGUCGUUGGACUUGAACCACGACCGCACGUUGGCUGCCGGCUUUCCUGGCACGUUGCAAAUUGUACUGCAUGAAGAAAUCGACGAUCGAGUCGUUGACCCAGUUGCCGUUGUACAACGAGUUGAAGUCCUUGUUGGAGACGAUCAUGGACUUGCGCGACGCAAACCGGUACUUGAGCGGCGGGUCGAACACGAUCUGGUCGUCGCGGUCGAUGUUUUCGUCCUGGAACUCUGCGAGGGUGUCGAGUUCUUCAUCAAUCUGCACCUGGGCCGCGUUUCGGGUCUGGCGCGCGCGCGGGGCGUCCAGGAUGUUGCUCGAGUCGAGGUCGGAGCUGAAGGGGGUCAGCUUGGCCGGGCUUUUCCCGUAGAACGUGCUGGGCGCGAUCGGCUCGAUCCUGGUCGGGCUCUUGACGGUCGCCACGGGCUCCUCUUUCUUCAUGUAAGCGUUAUUCAUCUCUGCUGCGGUAAGCUUGUUGCACGUGACCCCUUCGCCAAGGUCUCUGACCAGCUGUUCGUAGCCGGACUCGUCGCUCAGACUCACAAACACCCAGACCCUGGUGAUGUGGAUGUUCCUGUUGCGAUACGUGCCGUUGAUGCUGUGCUCGAGGUUGAUCACGAAAUGGAAGCUGCUUUCUGGGUUCGAGCAGAAAUCAACACUCUUGAUCUGCGGGUAAUUGAUGGCAAAGUACACCUCGUCGUUUGCCUGCAGACUGUAGAUGGUGAGCCGUUUGCUCUGGGAGUUGAGACAGAUCUGGUCCGAGACGGUGUUUGGGGUUGCGGACGCGGUGGUAAACAACCGCACGCGGCGGAGAUUGAACUUGGCGCCCUGCUGGCGUUGCGAACCUCUACCCCGUUCCCUGGUGUCCACCUCUAUUUGUCUGGGAAUGGUGAUCUUGCCGGCCGCAUCUUGUACAAAACAUCCGUUGUGCGUGGACCCAGUGUGGGGAUCCGUGCGUUUUCGAGCGGGGGAGCCCGUUGGGCGGGACAGAAGUCGCCAAUGCAGGUUUUCGUGGACACGUUCCGGAGGGAAUGGAAGAAGAGUAACGAGCUUUCAGACCAGAUUAAGCAGCUGAGAUCGGCGACAGACGAGAUGGGCGAAAGCGAGGCGUUCAAGCGGGCCAAGGAUGCGUACAACGCGGCGCAGAAAUCUUCCGGUGCGAUCGCCAAGGGCGUCGAGAAGACCGCCCAUGUUGUUGGAGAGGUGGCGCACAAGGCCUGGGAGUCGCCCGUGGGUAAGGGUGUGAGAACCACGGUGGAGAAAACUGCAGAAACCGUGGACCAUGUGAUUGAGCCAAUACGGAAAACGAAAACGUACCAGGAGGUUAGCCAGACUCUGGACGAAGGAGCCUCCAGAUACGGUUUGUACGAGACCAAGGAGCAGAGACGUUUGCGUCGGGAAAGAGAGCUGGAAAACAAACCAAAGGCCAUCAAGAGAGACGAGGAGGCCGGAACGGCGCUCGUGGCCACCAACAUCAAGUCGGAGAGCAGCAUCAAGGACAAGAUCAAGAUCAAGCCGAACUCUGCGAUCGGCAGAAUGCUUGUUAUGUUGAGAGAAAAAUGGGAGGAGGCCGAGAACCCGUUGCUUGUUCUGAUCAGAACGGUGAUGGACAAGAUCGGCAGCUUUUUCGCCGAGACUGAAGGUGCCAGAGUGAUCAAGGCGUUCAGAGAGCUGGAUCCAAACUUCAACACAGAGGCCCUCACCAAACAGCUGAGAGAGUACAUUGUGCCGGAGGUUUUGGAGGCAUACAUCACCGGCGACGAAAAGACGCUGAGACUGUGGCUUUCUGAAGCUCCAGCCAACAUUCUGGCCGCACAGCAGAAACAGUUUAGAGACCAGGGCAUUUUCUCCGAUGGACGCAUUUUGGACGUGAGAAACGUCGAGAUUGUCUCGUCGAGAAUGCUCGAGCCUAACCAGAUCCCUGUGUUUGUGAUCAGCGCCCGUGUCCAGGAGAUCAACCUGUUCAGACGGGCCAAGACGGGCGAGGUGGUUGCCGGUACCGAGGAAGACAUCAUGCUUUCGACGUACGCCCUGGUGAUCACGCGUGUUCCUGAGGACGUGGACAACCCGGAGACCGAGGGCUGGAAGAUCCUGGAGUUUGUGAGAGGAGGGUCUCGGAAGUUUACAUGA